CCACCAGCACCCCCAACCCAUCAACCAUGGCUUCUCUCAGAUCUUUAAUUUUCUUUCUGUUCUUCUUCUUCGUUCUUUCAUCAGCCCUGGAUAUGUCCAUCAUCAGCUACGACCAAAACCACGGCCUGAAGACGCAAAGAACCGACGAGGAGGUCAAGGCGGUAUACGAGUCGUGGCUGGUUAAACAUGGAAAAGCGUACAAUGCCAUAGGAGAAAUGGAGAAACGGUUCGAGAUCUUCCAAGAUAACUUGAAAUUUAUCGAUGAACAUAACGCUGAGAACAGGCCAUACAAGGUUGGGUUGAAUAAGUUUGCCGAUCUGACCAAUGAGGAGUACCGUUCCAUGUUUGUUGGUGGGAGGUUGGGUAGGAAGCCCAGAGUUUCGAGGCCUAAGAGCGAUCGUUAUGCUUAUCGGGGCGGUGAGGAGUUGCCGGAGAAGAUUGAUUGGAGAGAGAAAGGGGCUGUGGUUUCUGUCAAAGAUCAAGGCCAGUGUGGUAAGUUUUGA